UCGCUGCUCUGCUCUGCUCUGCUCGGGCGACGCUAACGUUUACCGUUUACCUCCACACACUUCGUAGUCAAAUCGGGGCAACAAUAACAAUUGCGAUCGGAUUUUUUUUUAUAUAUAUAAGCAGGGCCGCCCUCGACUCUCAUUCGGUUUUCGCAUCUCAGCGCCAACGGAACAGCAGUCGAGUCGCUCGGAAAGCAAAAUCAGCUACGAAAAUAGCCAAGUGCAAGUGCAUAUUAUAACCAAAGGCAAGAUACGUAUACGUACAUAUGUAUACAUACUAGUGUCUGUGGACCAGGUCAAGCAUAAAACGUGUUGAAUAAAAUCCACUUCGAUGUCGAUUAAUUCGCCAAUAUCGUUAAAAAACUCGGACCUGCAUUGAACAGGCAAAAAGGCAACAGCUAUAAAUCAAAACCAGAGACAGAGAGAGAGAUCAAAACAAAAAGCAAACAAACAGAAACAGAAACAGAAACAGAAAACUCAAAGACAGCAAACAAAUCAAACAACAGCAAGUUGUUUGCCUUUAGUUCGUGUUACCCCCUUGUUUUGUUACAUUUCCCAAACGUUUGAGGCCUGCCCCAGAGCGCAACAGUUGCCCAGAGCCAAUUGGAGCCGCAAAAGCCACUGAAGCCGAAGCAGCGCCGCGUGAUACCAGAGUUUGUUCGAGGGAACAUCUAACAAAGGAAAACCACAAUCUUGUUCAUUGGGCUUUAGGCCAUUGUAUGGAUCAGUCUCAACCAACAACGAAAUUUGGAGACGAGCCGGAGCUCCUGUUCAACCGAGCGCAGGGCCGGAUUAGUCUGUACAGUCUUGGAGCUGGAGCAACCAUCGCUGCCAUCCAGGCGACCGAACCUUUGAAUCCGAGCGCCAACGCAACGCGACAAGUCGCCAACAUUCAACUAGAAGCAACAUUCAAUGACUGUGAAAGUGGCUACGUGCCCACCGUGGGCCGCUGGGGCUCCGAGUGGCCAAGUUGACUCGCCGCUGCCCACGGCAAGGAUGGAGCAGCAUCGAUACCCGUCGAUGGGGAUGUCGAUGCUGCCGAGGAGGGUGCCGCCGCCUGCGCUGGCACGGAUUCUGACUCCCAGCAGGAGGAAGACCAGCGGCUGGCGGAUGCGGUGCGUGGAAUGGGACUGACUACGAAGUCGUCCUUCGCACAUGAUCAAUCGGGGACGGCAAGAGGCACUGGCACGGUCCGUCGAACGCCCUCCACCUCGAGUGAGGACGAUUACGAGGAUGACGAGGUGCUACAGUGGCUGCCAACCGCCGACCUGACAUCGGUGGAUGGAUCGGAGCGCUACUCCGACAUCCGGCAGCUGCUUGCCAGACAGCAACCGUUCCUCCCGGAGGACCAGCACUCGCUCGGCGGCUCAGAUUGGGCCGUCGCCGACGGCUACGACCUGAGCGCCUUCAACCAGAUCAACGGAGUGUGGCCCUUGGGUCAUCCGCUGCCACUGCCCGACUGGGCCAGCGGCGACGGCGAGGGCGAGGCCAGCAAGGGGACCCUGAUCUUCGACAACGUGUGGCAGUACGAGGAGCUCAACGGAAUUGUGGAGACCACGCUGCAGCGCAUGCUGGAGGAGACGCACUACAACACGGUCAACCUAUUUGUGGACUUCUACCGCAGCUUCAAGCGCACCCGUCGCUCGGACCUGCGCAGCUUCUUCCAGUUCUACGACGUGCCCAUCAAUCGACGGCACCACAUGUGCGUCUCGCUGGCCUUUGAGAUCAUGGCCAGGAUGGUGCAGAUGUUCCCGGUGCUGGCGCAGUACUUGUAUGUGGUGUCCUGCGAGGAGCAGGUGAUGGACUGCAACGAUUACGUCCAGUUGGACGAGGAGUACGGCCUGAACUCGGCCGAUGCGGCCGUGGAGAAGGAGCACGUCAUGGUGGCCAUGCGCAUAGCCAUUGGCGAGCGUCGGGGCGUCAUGAUUCUCGAUCCGGGAUACCACGUGAGCCGUGCGAUCACCGUAAUGCAGGACCAGAGCUAUCCACACACCGGCUGGUUCACUCAGUCGAAGGAGCCGCAUCUGCAGCGGGACUACUGCUACGCGUACAGCCAGCACAGCGGCAAGUUUGUGGAGUGGAAGGAGCGCGAGAUACGCGGCGAGAAGAGCAGCUUCAAGACCUCGCUGGUCUACGUCGCCCAGGAGUACAUCACGGCCAUCGAUGUGACCGUGCGCCGCAAUCUGGUGUACAACUUCCGGUCGCUGCUCUCGCGCGAUGCCAAGGGCCAGGUGUAUGCGGGCCUCUACUUCCCGCUGGUGGCCAAUGUGCAGGAGUCGUAUCUGACCAUCUUCUACGACGGACCCAACGAGCAGCGCGUGCGGACGAAGCUCAUGUUCAGCGGCUUCAAAGUGGGCAAAGGCAAGCUGCCAGACACCAUUAGCCACCAUUUGGGGAAGCUGGCACCGCAGCUGAAGAUGCCGUUGCAGGAGCUCACGGAGCUGUGCAAGGCCCUGGCCGAGGUGGUCACCGAUCAGAACUUUAUCGGCCAGGUGCUGUCCAUCAACGACGACAUCGGCAACAUGUCCGUGGAGAAUUGACGGUUAAAGGAGCCUAAGGCUGUCGCUGCAAGUACCGAGGAGACAGAGAAGGACCCCGACACAGCAGCUGCAACUUAGAGUUCCGAUUUUAAAUUUUAAAUCCUUUCCACACAGUAAUAUUAUAUUCUUUUAGUAAGCACCUAGACAGAAGACACCCCCACACAAUACACAAUACACGAAUCAAUUGAAUAAUAUAUGAAUACACCCUGAACACCCAUACACACUGGCACACACACACACUAUAUCUUAAAACCCCAAUCGUAUGAGUUAACCGAAACUUAAUCAAAUCAAAAAAUUACACUUGUACGAAACAUAUAUUUAGAUUUCGAUUUUUACUUAGCUUCAGCUUCCGUUUCGUUCUUACUAAAUGUAAACACAACUACUUACAUAUAUAAAGACAAAAUUAGUUAAUAGCUGGUAUCGAUGUAUUAUAACCUAAAUUGUAAUAAUAUCUUUUCCGUUACACUUUAAAUGCACCGUAAACGAUUUCCGUUCAAUAAAUAAAUUCAAAACAGCUAGCAAAA